AUAUAUUGUAUACUGUCGAGCUCUGUUCUGUUCAGUAGACCUUUGUGUUAGUGGAGCUGGGCUAGAAAGAAAAAAAACCACGCAUUUUUCAGCUGCCUUUUCUCGUCCUACAUUUUCCUGCUAUCCGAUAGCAUAUCAGUUACUUUGUCAGCUAUUGUAUCAAUUGUUCUAUCAGACUGUGCUGCUUUAUCGCCUGUUGUAAUUGUGAGUAGUGUCUGGAAAAGAUGAAGCCAGAAAUAAGAGUCUCCAUUCCCUUCUUGGUUCUAUUGUUGUUGCUCUAUUCUUUUUUAUACUUUGCAUCCAUCCAAAAGCUGCAUUGGCUAAGUUUCAACACCACCAUCAGAAACAACAAUAUCAAUGGGUUUUUCAAAAAACAAGGGCAGAUCACUUUGUUGGACAAGAAAUACUACGAUCCAGCUCAAAAUUCAAAUCUCAUAGUUAAGGCUAUCAAAAAAAACCAGCUUCAUGCCACUCAAAUUGAAGUUGGUGCUGAUAAUGGUGAUAACACAAGUGCUGGUGAAAAAGAAUUUGUUGAAUUCAGUCUCACUUUUGUUGAAGACAUUAUUACAACAAAGGAUAAAAAGAAAAUUGGUCAGUCUGUGUUCAAGUUCUCAUCUGAUAUCGAUAUCAACGAAGCUGAGCUCAUUUUGAACCAAAAAAAUAAAAAAAUCACACAGCUCGGUUACCAAAAUAUCAAUCAUCAAAACAAAAUUAAAAAUCAAAAAAAUCACGAAACUGAUUUAAGAUCGAUUGAAAUCAAACCAAUCAACAUUAAAAAAGAUUAUCUAUUUGCUGGGUUUUUAAACAACGACGAGCAAAACGAAAGCAAAAAAUCACUCAAAGAUGCUGUCCCUGACAAUGCCAUUGAUGAUGGUCAUGACCAUGGUUAUAAAAAUUACUUGUUCAACGAUAAAGCCAAUAAUAACGACAAUAAAAACAACUUACACAACAACGUUAACAAAAACAAUAAUAAUAAUAAAGAUGAAGAUUCAAACUUGAAAACAAACCAAGAUAAAUAUGAUAUUUUUUACUCUUUCAAUUACGAAACAGCGUUUGAUAACGAUAUUGACCACAACCAUAUUGAAAAUGAUAAAAAUAUAAGAUUCUUGAAAAUUAAAGGGUUCGUUUAUGAAACAAGAUUUUUGAAAAAGAUUAACGAUAAUAAUAAUGAAAACAUUCUAUUUAAAGAAGUUGAAAAAAAAUUAAAAAACAAAAAUUUAUCAAAUGUUGAAAAAAAUGAUAUUUAUCAAUCCUAUAUCAAAAAAUAUCACAAAGUUUUAAAAGAAUUCAGUUUUGAUAUUAAAGUAGAUUUAAAGCUGUUUGAUAAUAAUGAUGAUAAAAAUAAUAAUAAUAAUAAUAAAAAUAAUAAAAACAAUAAAAAUAGUAAAAAUAAUAAUAAUAAUAACAAUAAUAAUAAUAAUAAUAACAGUCAUAAACAUAACGUUAAAGACAAAAAUAGCGAACUAAAUCUCUUGUCCAAGGAUGAUCGUGAAAAGAUAUUAAAUAAUAAUCCAAAUAAUGACAACAGUAGCCCAACUUUUGGGAGAUUUUUGAAAUCUUUCAAACCUUUAUUGGUUUUGAUAUUAGUUAUAUUAUUAUUAUAUUCGAUCAAUGUUAUUGAUCUCAAAAAAGACAAUAGCACUGCUGCUAUUUCAAAUAGCACUAAUAAUACUAUUACUAUGACAAAUGAUAUUAACAAAUCUAAUAGCGACAAUCCGUAUAACAUUUUUAGUCCCGAUGAUCACAAACAUGAAAAUGAAAACUCCUUUGUUGAUGAAAAGUUGUUUGAAGAUAAAAAUAUUGAAAACAAUGCAAUCUUAAAUAAAAGAGUCACUUCCAAUCUUGGUUUUAAAAAUGGAAAUCACAAUAUUGAUUUUGAAAAGAUUCCAAAUGGAAUUCAUAUCGAAAAAUCACAAAAUGUCAUUAUAAGCAAGUUUCCAAUUAUUUUAAUUAGUUAUGAUUUCAAAUUUUCAUUGUUCCCAUUUAUUAAAAACUCCAAGGUUAAAUUAGAUGACUUGGAUGGUAAGGAUGUCAGGGAAAUUGUUUGAAAUAUAUAAGAAUUUAUUGUUAUUAUUAUUUAUUAUUAUUUAUUAUUACUUAUUUAUCAUUAUUUAUCUUCAGUUAUUGCAAAGGCAUUAUUAAAAUUCAAUUCAAUUCUUUUUAUAUUUUAAAUUUUACAGCCUAUAUAUUCAUUUCUUAAUUACUAGAUUACAUUUUAUAAUUUUUUUGCAUUUAGGAAAUACACAAAAUAUUGUAU